AUCAAAUAUGAUGCAAAAAAUGGGCAAAAUGUAUUUUCAAGGGGAGAUACUAUCACAGGGAGAAUUAUUUUGGUAGUUUCAGCUGAAACAAAGAUUAAAUGUCUUUCUAUCAAGGCUAAAGGAAAAGCUAAUGUUUUGUGGGAGGAAGAUUAUGGACUAUACUCGGACGAAACAUAUCGUGCCAAAUAUGAAUAUUUUUCACUUGAGCAGUGUGUACUGCAGGAAGGGAAUGGCACCAAUGUUCUAACUACAGGAAGACAUGUGCAUCCUUUCUCCUUCCAAAUUCCUGACAAAAACCUCAGCAUGGGACCAAGGAAAAGGAUGUUAUGUUCUUUGCAUCUGGAAAAAUCUCUGUGAGCAUUCACACUGAGAGGCAGGGAUACCAGCAAGGAGAGGCUGUGAAAGUCAGGGCAAUAAUUGUCAACAACUCAACUCGCCCAGGGACCCCAAAAUACUACCUGUACGAAAAGCAGUCUUUCUACGCCCAGAAGGAGAGGAAAGUCCACACCCACAACAUCUUGAAAGAGAAGGGCGAUCAGGUGCCUGCUGGCACUCGGCAGACGGUGACCCAAGUUUUGACCAUCCCUCCACAACUCCCUGCCACCAUCUUCAACUGUCCUAUACUCAAAUUGGAGUACCGAUUGAAGGUCGUUCUUGAUGUUAAACUGGCCAUAGACCCUGAGAUCAAGCUACCUAUCGUUGUUCUUACUGCAACUCAAACUCUUGGACAGGAACCCCCACCUUACUUCAGUUUUGUUUUUGAGUCACAAGUCCCAUCUGCGUCUGAGCUACCACCCCCCUACGAAAUGUUUGCUUCCUCGUCAAAUUUGUAUAGAAAAUUGUAGAGGCAUGGAAAUUCACAAUUGGGCAAAAGUCUGUCCUCUCCUCAACUCCUCCGUCCUCCUCUCUUCCGUGACCCGGAGACCGAUAAGUGGUUGCCAUAUAUGAGAGAGGGUCAAUUAGUUAACCUGUUACGGACAGACGUUCCGCUAGCAGAACGCCUCACCAAUAUCCAAUGGUAGAUCGUGGCGCGAAAUACAAAUACCUUAAAAAUGCUAUAACUUCAAUUUCUCAAACAUAUGACUAUUUUACACCAUUUUAAAGAUAAGACUCUCGUUAAUCUAACCACAUUGUCCGAUUUCAAAAAGGCAUUACAGCGAAAGCAAAACAUUAGAUUGUUAGGAGAGUACAUAGACACAAAUAAUCACACAGCCAUUUUCCAAGCA